GCAGCGAUGGCGGCGGACGGGCAGCGCGCGGAGCGAGGCUCGGGGGUGCUGGAGCUGCCCAGCGCUCCGCGUUUGGUGUGCGUGGAAUAUCCGGGGCUGGUGCGGGAUGUCGGCGCGAUGCUGCGGACUCUGGGAGGAGAGGAAGGGGUGUCGAGGAUCUACGCCGACCCCGGCAGAAGGUUGGAGCUGUAUUUCCGCCCCAAGGACCCCUACUGCCAUCCCGUGUGUGCCAACCGCUUCCCUGCCUCCGCCAUGCUGCUCAAGGUGAAGAGGAGGACCGGGAGGAAGCGGGUGGACGCGGAGGAGCAGGACGUGCAGUUUGAGAUGGAAAUCAUGGGGAUCGUCACGACGGUUUACAAAUUUCAAGGAAUGUCAGAUUUCCAGUACCUUGCGAUGCAUUCUGGUCCUGACGGCAAACAAACCUCCAUGUAUGACAAAGUCCUAAUGCUCAAGCCAGAGAAGGAAGAAUUUUUCAAUAGGGAAUUGCCUCUGUACAUCCCUCCCCCAAUUUUCUCACGACUGGACACUCCUGUUGACUAUUUCUAUCGGCCAGAUGUCCAACACCGGGAUGGCUACAACAAUCCCCAGGUGUCAGCUGAGAACCUCAUUGGCCUCAGCAGGGCCCGGCGCCCCAACAAUGCCAUCUUUGUGAACUUUGAUGAUGAAGUGCCAACCAAACCACUGGAUGCUGCUGCACAGGCCUGGAAGAAAGUGUGCACCAAUCCUGUGGAUAGGAAGGUGGAGGAAGAGCUGAGAAAACUCUUUGAGGUUCGUCCAGUCUGGUCUCGAAAUGCAGUUAAAGCAAAUAUCAGUGUCCACCCAGACAAGCUGAAACUUCUGCUGCCUUGUUUGGCCUAUUACAUGAUCACAGGUCCUUGGAGGAGCUUAUGGGUUAGGUUUGGGUAUGACCCUAGAAAACACCCUGAAGCAAAGAUUUAUCAAGUACUGGACUUCCGAAUUCGCUGUGGAAUGAAAUAUGGUUACACCCCCAAUGAUAUGCCAGUGAAAGCAAAGCGCAGCACGUAUAACUACAGCCUGCCCAUCACUGUCAAAAAGCCAGUAAGUCAUACAGUCAGUGUACACGAUCUGAAGCAGGGACUUGGUACUCCUGGUGCAUCUGGUGCAAAAAAGCCUCCCUCCAGCAGGUAUAAACUGAAGGAAUCGGUCUAUAUUUUCCGAGAAGGAGCCUUACCCCCUUAUCGCCAGAUGUUCUAUCAACUCUGUGACUUGAAUGUGGAAAGCCUACAAAAAAUCAUCCAUCGGAACGAUGGUACAGAGUCAGAAUGCACGGAGCGGGAUGGAUGGUGCCUUCCAAAGACUAGUGAUGAUCUGCGAGAUAGCAUGUCCCUGAUGAUAAAGCAGAUAAUCAGAUCCACAAGACCUGCUCUUUUCUCAAGUACAACAAGCAGUGAAGAUGGCAAAGAACAGCUGGCAUAUGAAUCUGCAGAGGAUGAGGACGAUGAAGAGGAGGAGGAAGAAGAAGACUUCAAGCCUUCUGAUGGAAGUGAAAAUGAGAUGGAAACAGAAAUCCUAGACUACGUGUGAACUCAGUGAAUAGUCUCACUGCUGUUGGACAGAAUUUUCUUGGCUCUUGUUCCUUCAGUGCUGAUGUUUCAGCAACUAUACACAGGGUGUCUGAGAGCAGAACUUGCACUAAGUUGCUCACUACCUGUCUGCACUGACUGUGGUGCCUGCUGAUAGCUGUCAUUUUGGAUGUUCAGGCACCAUGGCCCACACAGCAUCUGGGUGAGGUGCUAUGAAAUGUGGUUUAGUAGCUUAUGGCAGUAAUGGUGAUGGGAGGACAGUUGGACUACAUGAUCCUUUUCAACCUUGUGUUUCUAUGAUUCUAUUUUUGUAAUUGUUGGAUAAUAAGCCUUCAGAAUAUUGCCACCAUGGAGAUAACAGGUUUUUUGCCAGGCUUCAACUGGUAUUUACUGCAGCAGCUCAACGGUCUCUCUCAAGAAAAGAGAACUGAAACCAGCUGGCAAUACACCUUGGAACAGGAGAAACUAUGCUCCCAGAUCUCUGUAGGAAAUAUUGUCUGGGUUGAUGGCCAUGUGGAAAAUAGAAAAAUGGUUUGAAGAGGUUGCCAUUCAGUUAGAGAAAUUAAAGAACUGCUGGCAUGUUCUAA